ACCUCCUGUGUUGCCCAUCAGCUUCUUCUCCCCCUCCCACACCACCUCCCUCCCAAAUCUGCCCGCGGCAUAAAUUUCUUCGACCUUCACCUCUCCGAAUCCUUCUCCAUCUCCUCCCCGAAUUCCGCUUCUUGGAUUUGAUCCCCUCCUAUCGGCGCUCUUCCUUUCCCUCGCUUUUUUGAUUAUUCUCCGUAGUUGGGAGCCGCCCAGGAACUCGAGUUCUUGGUUCCCUGAUCCAAACUGCCCCAAUUCCGCGAGGUAGGGCGGAAAGAUUGGAUUUUGAGGCCUCUCCGAGUGGUUUAGACGGAUUAAUCGGAGAAGCCAUCGGAGAACUUUGGUUUCUGACCUAAGGCGGUGGAAAGUUUGGUUUGGUGAUGGAGCAGGAGAAGCAGCAGAGGGUGGAGCCGCAGGCGCCGGCGCCGGCGUCCGUGCCCCAAGCGACAUCAGAGCCAAGGGCGUCACCACAGCCGCAAGAGCAACCGAAGCCGGCGGUACCGGUGCAGCCUUCUAUCCCGGUGACGAGGCCGUGGCCAAUGGCCAUCAUCCCUUCUGUGAAGCCUGUGGUUGAAAUGAAGAGUGGCACCCCAGCCAAGAAAAAGAAACACUGUAAUUGCAAAAACUCACAAUGUUUAAAGCUGUAUUGCGAGUGUUUUGCAGCAGGUGAUUAUUGUGAUGGUUGCAAUUGUAAACAAUGUGGAAACACUGUUGAGAAUGAAAAGGGUAGACAGGAGGCUAUUAACAACACAAAGCUACGGAAUCCGAAUGCCUUUCAACCUAAGAUUGAAAAUGGUCCAAUUACUCCCAGUGUUCGGAAGGAUGCUGGAGCACCACCUUCACUUCCAAAGCAUAAUAAAGGUUGUCACUGCAAGAAGUCAGGUUGUUUAAAGAAGUACUGUGAAUGUUUCCAAGCAAAUAUCCUUUGUUCCAAGAAUUGUAAAUGUAUGGAUUGCAAGAAUUUCGAAGGAAGUGAGGAGCUCCGUGCUAUAAUUCAAGGGGAUAACUCAUGUGAUCGAAAUAACAUUCAACAAGCAGCUAAUGUUGCUCUGAACGGUGCCAUUGGAUCUUCAGGAUAUAGAUUUUCUCCAGUUCGUAGAAAAAGGCCGCCAGAAGAUCCCCAUUAUCAGAGGUUAAAUGUUGAAGGAAGUAUGAUGCAGAUGCAGUUUCCAGAGGCUAACCAUGUUGAUGCUUCCCAAAUUGCUUCAUCUACUGGACUUGAAGGUUCCACUGGCAAUUUCCAGGGUAAAUCUAAAUUGGUAUAUAGGUCUCCACUGGCAAACACUAUCCAUCUUACUGAUGUGAACGACCUAGCCAAUCGUUUGGUGAUUGUAUGCAGAAAGGCAGCAGAAGGAGUCACAGCAAUAGCUGAUAACAAAGAGGAGAGGGAAAUUGAUAGGGAAAUUUGCACAAGUACUUACCAAAACUUUGACGAGAACAAGAAAGAAGUCCAAAAAGCUGCUGCUAGUCAACUGCCAGAAAUAGAUCAGCAAAUUCCUGUGGAAUGUGGAUCAUAUUGCUCUAACACCCAAGAGGAUUCCAGGCCUGCUUCUCCAGGAACACGAGCUCUGUUGUGUGAUGAGCAGGAUCUCACAUUUGGAACAGCUUAUAGAAGUUCAAUUCCAGUGGUAUUGCAUGAUCAGGACAUUUCAGAGCUACAAACUGCGCAAGAAAAUGCAGUGUUGAGGGAGUUCAGAAAUUACCUCCGGUUAAUUAUUGCACGUGGACAAGUAAAUGCAGAAGGAAAAUCAUCAUCAGGGACAGGGAUGGAAUUGGAUGCUAUGAGGAAUCAUGAAUCAAGCACCAGUUUACCCCCAGUAAGAGCUGAAGAAAAAUCCAAUGAUCCGGAUGACCCCAAAAAUCCUAACACAAGCCAAUCGUUUGCAUCAGACAGUGUAUCAACACACGUAUUAGAAUAGAUGUAGCUCAGAUUUUGUAUUUUUCAUGUCAAGAUAGGAUAUGUAUUGUACCACAGCCAAUCUCCGUGUACAUAUGGAUAGUAUAGCCCUUGUUGCCUGUAACGGCAACCGGCGAUGUAGCUUUAGUCAUUCAUGAGAUGUUAGCAGGAAAGAAAAGUCCUGCUGAUCAUGUAAUUAUUUCUUAUUAAUAAUAAUUUUCUAUAUGAUUUUCCUA